AUGGCUCUUCGAAAUUAUUUAUAUGCAAAACAUCAGAACGAUUCUGAAAUCACAACCAGGAUAAAUAAAGCUGAGGAUUCAGUAAGCACCAACGGCUCAAUCAAUAUGACAAAUGCAAUGAAUGGAAUGAAUAGAGACUCCCUGGCCCGACAAAUACCAAGAUAUAUUAAUAGAGCAAAUAGAUUAAAGGUACAUAGACCUACGAAUGUGGUUGAUACAUUAACUAAGAAUGUUGGGGAUAUUGAUUUACAUCCAAAUGAAAGUAGUAUUGCGGACCACCAUGGGAAUAAAGAAGAAGAAGAACAUUGUAAAAAAGAGUGUGAGAAUUGUCAAUGUAAAAAUGAGACCAAUGCUGAUGUUACAGCACCCGAAGUUUCUACCAAUGAUGCUCCUUUGAUAGAAGUAGAAAUUGGAGGGGAUAAUGAAAUUAAUUUUACGAAUAAGGUUUAA